AUGACAAGUCGCGAUCGAAAACGACCAGCGCCUCCAUCGAACAAGGGUCAGAAAUGUCCUUCACGCUUCGUGACGACCCCGGCUAGGAAACAGCCUGGGUUGCCAUGGAUGCCACGAGCUGGCUAUGACCAUGAACUUGACAAGGACAGCCAACUGUUGCGAGCCGCUAAAAGCUUUUACCCAGAAGGUGAGAGCGAAGGCGGCUGCAGCGAAUUUCCUCCGCUGGUGCAGGCGAAGUCUUGGACGAGGGGUGUUCCGUAUAGAGAUAGUUUCAAUCACGCGAAACCCGUUGACUCCAUAGGUAAUUGCUAUACGAGAUCUACAAAAAUGAUGCGCAUUGCUAAUAUGCCGCCGAAAAAAAGACCGCCGCCACAACUCUAUGGACCGUUGGGACCCAAUGGAGAGCUCCAGUUUCCACCGUUGAAGUCGUGGGCCGAGAGAGAAAAAGAAAAACAGGAGGCCCUUAAGAAAGAAAGGGAUAAAAAUAAAUUACCCAAAGGGUUGGUGUUGUUAGAAGACUUAGUUUCCGGUGCGUAUGAAAGACGAAAGGCAGCUGAAGCAGAGGCGAAAAGAAAAAGAAUAGAGAAGAAGAAGAAGGAAAAAGAGGAAGCGGAACGCGCUGCGCAGGAGGCUUUGAAAAAACAUUUGGCAAAGUUGGAGUUUGAGUUACCUCGUGACCCUGACGAGCAGAAGCUGGAGCUUUUGAAAAUUACAGAAAAGGAACAUUAUAGAUACAUACAUCCUAAGGAGCUUGAGAGGAUUCAAUAUUAUUUAACUACGUCUCUCGCCGGGCCUCACAUUCCUGAUUUUCCACAACAUUUGUAUGAACGUGCGAAGACAAGAGUGGACAAGCAGACGGUGAUGAUCAAAAAGAGGCUCAUGGUGCUGACGUACCAGGCUUGUGUGAGACAAAACGAAGCAGACAUUCGGGAGUUCUUUCUGAUCGCUAUGAAGAGAUGCCUUCUCGCUUAUAUCUUGGAGGAUCCAGCAGAAAGGGAAAGACUUGGUAUAUCCUUCUUACCGCCGCCGUGGCCUGCUCUUUGCGUACGUGCACCCUUGCCGUGGCAUAGUGCGGUUGUUCGCGCGAAACAUUCGAUGUUCUACCGAUUUUAUCAAGGGAACCCAAUUUUGAUAGAGCUUAGGAGAAUGUGGCAGGAGAGAUAUCAAAACAUGUAUAUCUGUGAUAUGAACAAAAUGCAAGCCGAUCAGCCAUUUCCUCACUAUCCAUCUGAUUUCACGGAACGUCUCAACCAGCUUUGCGCCGAGACAAGAGCGGAAUUAUUAGAUAACUGGCUGAUAGAUGUAGCUGAUACGAUGGUUAAGAUGAGACAGCACUGGGCAAUUUAUGUAUCGAAGAAGAAAAAGGAAUCUACAUUUCAGGUUGAGAAGUUUUUCAGUUGUAUCCAUGCGUUAAUGUCAACACAAGUUCGUGAUUUAGUCGAGAGGAGUGUGGAUCAUUUUGCUGAAUACUUUUCUUAUUAUUGGGAAGGUAACAAUUACGGACAAGAGUAUCAAGACUACACGUAUAUUAAGCGUCCCCUCCUCCGCAUCAAAGUGGUUGGCAAGCCCGGUUCCACCGUCAUCAACUUCGAUCCCACCCUGGAACAUAUGCGCGUGAUGAUCAUCAAGUGGUUCCACACAAUCAUCAACGUGAACAAUCAGCUACCUAGCGUCGAUAGCAUCAUGUAUCCCGGAGUAAAUCGUCCAAAGCCAUACCUUACGUCAGUAUACCCUGACGAGGUGUACAUGAUUAAGAAAGUGAACAAUUGCAUUACUUAUUUCAACCUAAACCGUCCUGGUCCAGUGAGCUUCCUCAACAGGUACGAGGAGUACUUCUAUCUUCUCGAUGAAACCGCUCAUCAAGAUCUCCUCAAGUUUUUUGCUUUAGAUCCACCGCCGUAUUUGAAGGAUUUUUCAAGUCGUAUUUACAUGUACGAAAAGCUGCGAGAUGAGAUCGCGUUCCUUCGGCGCGAUAUUCCUUUGAACAUGAUUAUGUUGGACUGUGGGCCUAUCAACGAUGUUUUGUGGAAUGUGGUGGACGGUCUUCGUCAGUACAUUGUGGACCAUUUUAUCAAUGUCAAUAGGAAGUGGAAUAGAUCCAUCUGCGAUGCAUACGAGGAGAUGGCAGCGCGUACGUCGGAGUCCCCGGACAGCACGGGCGCGCUGGUGGAGCUCCUGGCCUACGUGCUGGACUGCCGCGACUGCGCGCUGUUCGAGCUGCGCGAGCGCGCGCGCACGGCCGCUGCGCACGUGCUGUUCCUGCUCGACCACGCCCACCUUUCAUUUGAAGAUAUUAACCUGAACACGCGUGUCUUUCUCUGGCCUCUGGAUAUGGAGGAAACGAUCGACCUAACGCUGAAGACUCUCAACACAAAGAAGACGAUGGCGGAAGAUAAAUUGAGAAGUAGAAAAGCCAUUUUCGAUGAGAAGCUGAAGAAACACGAGAAGGAAUUGGAACAAUUUCGUCGGUUCGACCCGCCUUUGCUCAACUUGGAUCUGUUGCGGGAGGUGGUUGGGAAAGUUGACGACAUCUUUAAGAACUUAUCGGAGGAUAAACGGGAAGCAGACGAGAUAAUAAAUGAAGAGACGCUUCUGGAGCAGGAAGUGUCAGUGUACUUCAGUCUUCAGACAAUGUUGGCUGGCAUCGAGCCAUUCCACAAACUGUGGCACACUGCGUACGACUUCUAUGAUGGAUAUGAAAAAUGGUAUCAUGGGCCCUUCCUGGGACUAGAUGCGGAGCAGAUCUCUGAAGAUGUAGAGGCGUGGUGGAAGCUAUUGUACAAGUUGGGCAAGCAGCUCUUUGAGUUUCCUGGCGCGAAACGUAUAGCAGACAUGGUGCGGAACAAGCUCGAGAAGUUUAAGCAGUUGCUUCCAGUACUGUGCGCUAUUUGUAAUAAGGGCAUGCGCGAGCGCCACUGGGCGCGCAUCAGCGAGCUCGUGGGCGCGGAGGUGGUGCGCACGGCGGCGAGCACGCUGGCCGACAUGGUGGAGCAGGGCGUGCACGUGUUCGGCGCGCAGCUGGCCGACAUCGAGCAGCACGCCGCCAAGGAGCACGCGCUCGAGCGCGCGCUGGCCAAGAUGCAGGACGAGUGGCUCGGGGUCAAGUUCGACGUCGUCCCCUACCGAGAUACGGGUGUGGGUAUAUUGACCGGUCUGGAUGACAUACAACAACAACUAGACGACCACAUUCUCAAGUCGCAGACCAUGCGCGGUUCGCCGUACGUAAAAGCGUUUGAAGCAGACAUGGUCUCUUGGGAAGAGAAGCUCAUCAGCAUGCAGGAUAUUUUGGACCAGUGGUUACAAUGUCAAGCAACAUGGAUGUACCUCGAGCCUAUAUUCUCGUCUGAGGACAUAAUGCGUCAGAUGCCAACCGAAGCCAGGAAUUUCCGAGACGUGGACAAAGAAUGGCGGACCAUCAUGGCGGCGACGCAAAAAGAGCCCUUAGUGUUAAAAGCCACUGACUACCCUGGCUUAUUGAAGAAGUUGCGUUACAAUAACGCUUUGCUGGAUGACAUCCAAAGAGGCUUGAACGAUUACUUGGAGAAGAAGAGGCUGUUCUUCCCGAGAUUUUUCUUCCUAUCCAACGACGAACUUCUCGAAAUUCUCUCCGAGACCAAAGACCCGAUGCGUGUUCAGCCUCAUCUCAAGAAGUGUUUCGAAGGUAUCUAUACGUUGGAGUUCAAUGCAGCCAAAGAAAUUGUUGGUAUGGCUUCGGCUGAAGGGGAAAUGGUCAAAUUAUCCUCAACUAUACAACCUGCUGAUGCUAAGGGAAUGGUAGAACGUUGGUUACAACAAUUGGAGCAACAGAUGAUAAUAAGCCUUCGGGACGUGGCUUCAGAGGCUGUAACCGCGUACCCGCUCACCAAACGUGAGGACUGGGUGUUGAGCUGGCCUGGACAAAUUGUUCAAGCGGGGUCCUGUAUUCAGUAUACAGCUGAGGCAAUAGAAGCAAUCCAGAGCAACAGCCUGCCGCAGCUGAUCGAACGUAGCACGCAGCAAAUCAACGGCCUGGUGUUCCUGGUUCAGGGUUCACUGGACCCUGGGGCACGGAUCACUGUAGAGGCAUUAAUAGUCAUCGAUGUACAUGGUCGUUCGAUACUCGAAGAAAUGGAGAAGAAAAAAGUGCGUGACGUAACGGACUUCAACUGGAUAUCUCAGUUGCGCUACCAGUGUCGCGGCGACCGCAUUGUGUGCUCGAUGGUGACCACAGACGUUGACUACGGGUUCGAAUACCUCGGUAACACCGGUCGCCUGGUCGCCACUCCUCUCACUGAUCGAUGUUUCAGAACUCUAAUGAGUGCUCUGAAGCUGAACCUUGGGGGAGCGCCAGAAGGUCCCGCUGGUACCGGAAAGACUGAGACCACUAAAGAUCUGGCUAAAGCCGUCGCAAAGAAAUGCGUCGUAUUCAACUGCUCCGAUGGCCUCGAUUACAAGGCUCUUGGGAAAUUCUUUAAGGGUUUGGCGCAGUCUGGUGCGUGGGCAUGCUUCGAUGAGUUCAAUCGCAUCGAGCUGGAGGUGCUGUCUGUAGUGGCGCAGCAGAUCCUGUCCAUCCAGCUCGCGAUCCUGCGCCGCGAGAAGCGUUUCAUCUUCGAGGGAACCGAAAUCAGCCUCGACCCGACCUGUUCCGUCUUCAUCACCAUGAAUCCUGGUUACGCUGGAAGAACCGAGCUCCCGGAUAACCUGAAGGUGCUGUUCCGUACGGUGGCUAUGAUGGUGCCAGACUACGCCAUGAUCGGUGAAAUCACUCUUUACUCCAAUGGCUUCGUCAAUGCUGGACCCUUAGCUCGUAAAAUAGUUCAAGCCUACAAGCUCUGCUCCGAGCAGCUUUCGUCCCAGAACCACUACGACUACGGCAUGCGCGCUGUGAAGUCUGUAUUGCUGGCGUCGGGAGCUCUCAAGAAAAACUACCCCGAGAAAGAUGAGUCUCAGCUCGUGUUGAGGGCUAUUAUUGACGUUAACAUGCCCAAAUUCCUCUCACAAGACGUACCCCUCUUCACCGGGAUCUACUCGGACCUGUUCCCGGGCGUGGAGGUCCCGCAGCCGGACCGCGCCGAGCUCCUGCGCUGCGUCCACAAGGAGCUGGAGAAGCGGAACCUGCAGCCCACCGACUGGUACCUGGAGAAGAUCAUACAGAUAUACGAAAUGAUGCUAGUCCGUCACGGGUUCAUGAUAGUCGGGCCCCCGAUGGGCGGUAAGACGCAGGCGUACCAGUCGCUAGCGGAGUCCCUUCGAGCGCUGCAGCUCAUGAAGCCACCGCCUCGACACAAGGAGUUCGGAGCCGUGUACCGCAUCAUCAAUCCCAAGGCGAUCACAAUGGGCCAGCUCUAUGGCUGUUUCGACCCCGUGUCCCAUGAGUGGUCCGAUGGUGUACUGGCGAUAGCGUUCAGAGAGUACGCGAUGUCAGCGACGCGAGACCGGAAGUGGAUUCUGUUCGAUGGGCCCGUGGACGCGGUGUGGAUCGAGAACAUGAACACCGUCCUCGACGAUAACAAGAAGCUUUGCCUAAUGAGCGGCGAGAUUAUACAGAUGACAAACAAAAUGAACCUGAUCUUCGAGCCAGCGGAUUUGGAGUUCGCUUCGCCCGCCACUGUUUCGCGGUGCGGUAUGAUUUACAUGGAGCCGGAACAGCUAGGUUGGCGAGCGUUUCUCACAUCCUACAACACUCAUCUGAGUAAGCGUUUGAUACCGGAGCAGUUCGACCUGAUCCAGGAGCUAAUAGAUUGGCUCGUGCCACCGAUAUUUGAGUAUUUCUUCAAAUGCCAGCAUUUCGUCCAAGUCGGGGAAAUACAUCAAUUCCAUUCGUUUACGCGUCUAUUCACUUGUCUGCUGGAAGGCGAGACUCAGUUCAGCACGGUCUGGUUGCAGUGCACUUUUGUGUUUGCGUUGUUGUGGGGAUUAUGUGCCACAAUUAAUGGUGAGAGCCGUAAAGGUUUCGACACGUUUUUCCGUAAGCUACUAGAUGGCAGCAACGCCGCUCAUCCGAAGCCGAAAUCCUUCAAGUUGAACAAGAAUCAGCUUUUCCCAGACAAGGAUUUGGUAUUCGAUUAUGUCUACGACAAGCGUAAUAAUGGGACCUGGAUACCGUGGGCUGAACUGGAAAAGGAAGUACCAAUACCGGCUAAUGCUAAGGUGACUGAUCUAAUCAUUCUGACGAACGAGAACGCGUGUCUGCGUUACUUCGUCAGCAAGAUGGUUAACUCCAAAAUACCGAUACUACUAGUGGGGCCCACGGGAACCGGAAAAUCUUCACUCAUCCUAAACUUCCUACUCUCGCUGCCCAAGGAGAAAUAUAUCACGAAUACCAUUAACUUUUCCGCAAGGACUACCGCGAACCAGACGCAGGACAUAAUUAUGUCAAAAGUGGACAGACGUAGGAAAGGUGUCUUCGGGCCGUCGAUGGGUAAAAAGUGCGUACUGUUCGUGGACGACCUGAGCAUGCCGCAGCGCGAGCAGUGGGGCGCGCAACCACCGCUGGAGCUGCUGCGGCAGUGGGUGGACCACGGGCACUGGUACGACCUCAAGGAGAUGGCGCGCCAGGAGGUGGUCGACGUGCUCUUCGUAUCAGCUAUGUUGCCGCCCGGUGGAGGCUCCAACUUGAUAUCGUCACGUCUGACGCGUCACAUGCUGCUCAUCACGCUGGACUCCUUCGAAGACAACACGCUCAAUAAGAUCUUCGUAACUAUCAUGGACUGGCACUUCUCUAAAGGGUUUCCUGAGAGCAUCGCUCGUCAGAGCAAGGCGGUGGUGUCGGCGACGCUGGAGGUGUAUCGCGCCGUGACGCGUCAGUUCCUGCCGACGCCCAGCAAGUGUCACUACGUGUUCAACCUGCGCGACUUCUCGCGUGUAGUGCGGGGCGCGCUUCUGCUGCCCCCGUCUCGCCUGCGGGAGCUGCCCAAGCUCGUGCUGCUGUGGCUGCACGAGGUCUACCGCGUCUUCGCUGACCGGCUCGUCGACGAUGACGACAGAGUGAAACUGUUCGACAUAGUGUACAAGGCAGUAUACGCAAACUACCGCGUGCACCUCGACCAAGUGUUGUCGGAACUCGGCUACAUACCCGAGGGAGAAAAGUGCUCCAAUAAGCACGCCGCUAACGUGUUCUUCGGUAAUUAUAUGGAGCCGGAUGCAGAUCCUAAGAUUUAUGACCAGGUAACUGAUCUUGAAGACAUGGCAGUGAAGAUGGAAUAUUACCUCGAAGAAUAUAACGUGGUUUCAUCUUCUCCUAUGUCACUCGUCAUGUUCAGAUACGCUCUCGAUCACAUCUCGAGAUGUACACGCGUCCUACUGCAAGACAACGGUAAUCUUUUACUGGUCGGUGUCGGUGGUAGCGGAAGGAGUAGUGCGGUCAAGCUAGCUGCUAGCAUAUUGGAGAUGAACGUCAUUCAGAUCGAGAUAUCAAGAGUGUACGGUCAGAACGAAUGGCGUGAUGAUAUACGGAAGAUGUUAAUGAAAGCUGGCAUCAUUGGAAAACCGCUCGUCUUUCUAUUUGCUGACAAUCAGAUAAUGUACGAGGGUAUGGUAGAAGAUAUCAACAUGUUAUUGAACACUGGUGAUAUACCCAACCUCUACGGCAUGGAUGAGAAGGUCGAAAUACUUGACAAGAUGCAGGCUGCUGUCCGGGAAACCGGUAAGAAGAUGGAGACCACGCCAUUGGCUAUGUUCGGGUUUUAUGUGGAACGUGUGAAGGCCAACUUGCGUAUGGUGCUCGCUCUGUCGCCCAUCGGGGACUCCUUCCGCAACCGCCUGCGCAUGUUCCCCUCUCUCAUCAACUGUUGCACCAUCGAUUGGUUCACAGCGUGGCCGACGGAGGCCUUGGAGCGCGUAGCGUCUAUGUUUAUCGCUAAAAUGGAGGGUGUUGAGGGCGAACUUCGCGACGCUUGCGUUCAAAUGUGCCAGCUCUUCCAUGUCAGCGUCGUUCAACUUAGUGAUCGAUUCUACGAUGAACAGAAAAGGAAAGUAUACGUCACACCGACGAGUUACUUGGAGCUGAUAAAAGCUUUCCAAAAUUUGUACUCGUUGAAAGUUGACCAAAUAACUAGAUCUCGUAUUCGAUACGAAACGGGAUUAGAACAACUAGACUUCGCGGCCGGUCAAGUGGCCGUGAUGCAACAAAACUUGAUAGACUUGCAACCACAACUGGUAGAGACCUCGGACAAAACAGAGAAGCUUAUGAUCAAGAUAGAACAGGAUACCGUCGUCGUUGAGAAGCAGAAAGAGAUAGUCGGUGCAGAUGAAGCUUUAGCUAAUGAAGCUGCAGCUGCUGCUCAAGCUAUUAAAGAUGAUUGCGAAUCUGAUCUCGCCGAAGCUGUACCAGCUCUUAGAGCAGCUUUAGACGCUCUAGAUACAUUGAAACCAGCUGAUAUAACCCUUGUCAAGUCCAUGAAGAAUCCUCCCGCUGGCGUCAAGUUGGUUAUGGAAGCUGUUUGUGUGAUGAAAGGGGUGAAGGGUGACAGGAAAAUGGAUGCUAAUGGUAAACCUUACGAAGAUUAUUGGGGACCAUCACAGAAGAUGCUCGGUGAUAUGAAAUUUCUUGAAAGUCUCAAGAAUUACGAUAAGGAUAAUAUUCCGCCGGCUAUAAUGAAGAAAAUAAGGGACAAAUAUAUUCCAGACCGCGAAUUUGACCCCAUGGUGAUAGCGAAGGUGUCUUCGGCGUGUGAGGGGCUGUGCAAGUGGGUGCGCGCUAUGGAUGUUUACGAUCGCGUCAUCAAGGUCGUAGCUCCUAAAAAGGCUGCGCUGGCAGAAGCCGAGGCAGAGCUGCAGGCGCAAAUGAACACUUUGAACGAAAAGCGAGCUCAGCUACAAGGAGUGCUGGACAAACUUCAGGCUCUAAACGACGAGUUCGCGGAGAUGACUCGUAAGAAGAAGGGUUUGGAAGACGAGAUAGAGCUGUGCUCCACUAAGCUGGCGCGCGCCGAACAACUCAUCGGCGGACUCGGAGGUGAAAAGGCGCGAUGGACCGAUCUCGCUACCCAGCUGCAACAGCUGCUUGCCAAUAUUAUCGGGGAUGUCUUACUUUCCGCUGGAUUCAUUGCCUAUCUCGGACCUUACACCGUCAGCUACAGGCGAGAGAUCAUACAGAUGUGGAACGACCGUGCUAAAGAAUUGGAGAUUCCGUGUUCAGACAUAUUCAGUCUCGUCAGUACUUUGGGAGAGCCAGUUGUCAUUCGUGCUUGGAACAUCGCUGGUCUGCCCGUGGACGCGUUUUCCAUUGAAAACGGAAUCAUCGUGGAGAAAUCCAGGAGGUGGCCGCUGAUGAUCGAUCCUCAAGAGCAAGCCAAUAAAUGGGUGAAGAAUAUGGAACGAGAAAAUCAGCUGAAGGUGAUCAAGCUGACCGAUUCUAACUACGUCAGAGUAUUGGAGAACUCGAUACAGAUGGGGAUGCCUGUUAUACUAGAGAACGUUCGAGAACAAUUAGAUGCCGUCCUAGAACCCGUGCUCUUGAGAAAUAUAUUCAGAUCCGGUGGUGUUGAUUGUCUGAAGUUAGGUGAUAACAUUUUGGAAUAUAAUCAUAACUUUCGUUUCUAUAUCACCACGAGACUGAGUAACCCGCACUAUCUGCCGGAAAUAGCUGUCAAGGUAACCCUAUUGAAUUUUAUGAUAACACCCCAAGGUCUGCAGGACCAACUGCUCGGUAUAGUAGUUGCACAGGAUCGACCUGAACUUGAAUUGAAGAAGAAUCAGUUAAUCGUCGAAGGUGCUAAUAAUAAGAGAACGCUGAAAGAAAUCGAAGAUAAAAUUUUGGAGGUCCUAUCCUCAGCCGGUAACAUCCUUGAAGACGAAUCGGCAAACCAAAUCUUGUCGUCAUCGAAGGUGCUCUCUAUAGAGAUAGAAGCGAAGCAAGCGGCAGCAGCCGUCACGGAGACCGAGAUAGACGAGGCUCGCCUGUUGUACGUGCCCGUCUCGAGGCAUAGUUCAGUGCUUUUCUUCUGUAUAUCUGAUUUAGCUAACAUCGAUCCCAUGUACCAGUAUUCACUUAAUUGGUUUAUAAACUUGUACAAUCAAGCGAUUCAGAACUCCCCGAAGAGUGACAAUUUAGACGUACGUCUAGAAGGACUCAACGCUCACUUCACCCGAAGCGUGUAUGAAAAUGUGUGUCGCAGCCUCUUCGAAAAGGAUAAACUCAUCUUUUCUCUUGUUCUCACAUUGGGAAUUAUAAGAGCUAAGGGUGAAUUGGAUGACGAGUUGGUUUCGUUCCUGCUGACGGGCGGUGUGGCGCUCGAUAAUCCUUACGAGAACCCCGCGUCCUCCUGGCUGUCGGAGAAAUCCUGGUCGGAGAUCGUGCGCUGUAGCAACCUUAAUGGGCUCCAAGGUUUUAAAGAGCAUUUCGAAGCAAAUGUCUCGUCAUGGAAGGAGCUGUAUGACUCGUCUGCACCGCAUGAGAGGGAACUGCCACCACCGUACGACGUCAUGAAAGGAAUACCUAAACUUAUUAUUAUGAGGUGUAUACGACCGGACAAGCUCAUUCCACUUGUCCAACAAUACGUAGUCGAGGAAAUGGGUCGUCCGUACAUCGAGCCACCGCCUUUCGAUCUGGAGAAGUCUUAUAAUGACAGUAACUGCGCGUCACCUCUCAUCUUCAUCCUGUCUCCUGGUUCAGACCCCAUGUCUGCUCUUGUGAAAUUUGCUUCAGAGAAAAAGGUGGUCAGUUUCGAGACCAUAUCUCUUGGACAAGGACAGGGGCCCAUCGCCGCGGAGAUGAUCGCGCGCGCGGCCGCGCUGGGCGGCUGGGCGGUGCUGCAGAACUGCCACGUGCUGCAGUCGUGGCUCGGCGAGCUGGAGCGCGCCUGCGCCGAGCUGCUGGCGCCGCCCGCCGCGCACGCCGCCUGCCGCCUGUGGCUCACGUCCUACCCCAGCCGGGCCUUCCCCGUCACCGUCUUGCAGAACGGUGUAAAAAUGACAAACGAAGCACCAAAGGGCCUCAAAAACAACAUCUAUCGUUCCUAUAUUUCUGAUCCGAUCUGCGACCCUGAAUUUUACAUCUCCUGUCCUCGAACAGAAGAGUGGAGGCGACUUUUGUUUGCUCUGUGCUUUUUCCAUGCUAUUGUGCAAGAGAGACGUGCGUUUGGACCUUUGGGUUGGAACAUUCAGUACGAGUUCAAUGAAAGUGACCUUAGAAUAUGCAUCAUGCAAUUACAGAUGUUUCUUACCGAAUACACGGAGACUCCAUUCGAAGCCCUCAACUAUUUAGCCGGGGAGUGCAACUAUGGCGGACGAGUGACUGACGAUAAAGAUCGUCGGCUUAUACUGUCUCUCUUGUCCAUAUUUUAUAAUGAAGACGUUACCACGGAUCCAGAUUACUCAUUUUCUCCGAGUGGUGACUACCGCAUGCCUCCCAGUAUGGACUACAACUCUGUGCUAGAACACAUAAGGGCCCUGUCUAUGAUUGCGAAGCCUGAAGUUUUUGGACUUCAUGAAAAUGCUGACAUCACUAAAGACAAUAAGGAAACCGCCGCGUUGCUGUGGGGCUGCAGUGCUACCCAACGCUUAGGAGAAACUCGCGCGGGGGCGGCAGGGGGUGGUUCCUUAGAGUUGGCUCGUGACGUAUUAGCGCGACUGCCACCGCCCUAUGACGUAGUGGACGCGUCACGACGCUACCCCGUGCAGUACUAUAACAGCAUGAACACUGUCUUGAAACAGGAGCUGAUCCGCUACAACAGACUGCUGAGCGUAGUCCAAAGAACGUUACACGGAGUCUAUUUGGCCGCACAGGGUUUGGCCAUCAUGAGUGCUGAACUGGAAGAGUGUAACAACGCCUUUGUAAAGGGCGUCGUUCCUGAAGCCUGGAUGUCUAAAUCUUAUCCUUCGAUGAAACCUUUGGGUUCCUAUAUCACAGACUUUUUGGCAAGGCUAAAGUUCCUCCAAGACUGGAUAGACGAGGGUCCGCCAGUAGUCUUUUGGGUAUCUGGGUUCUACUUCACCCAGUCGUUCCUGACCGGCGUGCUUCAGAACUACUCCCGUCACAACCGGAUACCGAUCGAUCAAGUGCACUUCGAAUUUACGAUCACGUGUAUGGAAGCUGAGUGCGAGGAGGAACCGACGUUUGGAGUUUAUUGCAAGGGUCUAUUCCUGGAAGGUGCUAGAUGGAAUAGAGAGACUAUGCAACUGGACGAAUCAUAUCCAAAGAUCUUAUUUGACACGAUUCCAAUCAUCUGGUUCCAACCAGCUCUGAUAGCCGACUUUAACCCCCCACCGUCCUACUUCUGUCCUAUUUACAAGACCAGCGAGAGAAAAGGAGUUCUCGCUACCACAGGGCAUUCAAGUAACUUUGUUAUGUAUAUAACACUGAGGACUGACGUUCCAGAAAAGCAUUGGAUCAACAGAGGCGUGGCUAGUCUGACGCAACUCGAUGACUAGGAUUUGUAUAAUAUUAUCAUUUAUAUUAUUAUGAUAUAUUUUAUUACUUGUAUUAAUUUUCUUAAAACGAUGAUCAUUGUAAUAUAAAUCCAGAUAGUCGAUUGUUUCUAAUUUUUGAAUUUUGACUUGCUUUUCAUUGUUUAAUUAUGUUGAAAAUCGUUAAUUAAAACUACAUUUGAUAGUACUUUAUAACCAUUUUUAAUAUCUUAUGUUUUCGUGAGGAUUUACAAAUGGACAAUGGUAACUUAAAAAUGUACUUUUUAACUGUGAUAUGUCUGGUACAAACAAACAAAUAAAAAAAAAUUUUUUUUGGCUUAA